ACCUGCGAUGUCUCCUGAAUAGCACUUAGGAGGGCCCCGCGUUCCUGUGCCGGCUUGUCACGGACCAGCCGAGUGGCCUGCGCUGGUCAGAUGCCCUCCGGAAGCCUGGAUCUUCGGUAAAGGGGAUGUUUCCUGCUCUGAAUACGUGGCUUGAGCUCUACUUUUACAUGCGAUGUGCAAGAAGUCUGGCUGGGAGGAGGCACCGUGAGCUGACCAUGGCCAUGCACCAGGCCUUCUGCUCUGCCUAGCCCACCUCUACCUGAUACAUAGGACCGGCGCCCAGGCGCGUGGCUGCAUCUCCUUUACAUCUCCUCCUCUCCUCACCCCACCCCUCCACGCUAUACCCACGCACGGGAGAGGACCCAGGAGCUGUGGGCCCCAGCCCCCCCGUGCCCUGCUCAGAAGCCACCAUGGGGGCCUGUGACAUUGUGACCGAGGCCAACAUCUCAUCUGACAUUGACAGCAACGCCACAGGCGUCACCGCUUUCUCCAUGCCCGGCUGGCAGCUGGCUCUGUGGGCCACAGCCUACCUGGCCCUGGUGCUGGUGGCCGUGGUGGGCAAUGCCACGGUCAUCUGGAUCAUCCUGGCCCACCGGAGGAUGCGCACGGUCACCAACUACUUCAUCGUCAACUUGGCCCUGGCUGACCUCUGCAUGGCCACCUUCAACGCGGCCUUCAACUUUGUCUACGCCAGCCACAACAUCUGGUACUUCGGCCGCGCCUUCUGCUACUUCCAGAACCUCUUUCCCAUCACGGCCAUGUUCGUCAGCAUCUACUCCAUGACGGCCAUCGCCGCUGACAGGUACAUGGCCAUCGUCCACCCCUUCCAGCCCCGGCUCUCGGGCCCUGGCACCAAGGCAGUUAUUGCUGGCAUCUGGCUGGUGGCCCUGGCCCUCGCCUUCCCCCAGUGCUUCUACUCCACCAUCACCAUGGACCAGGGCGCCACCAAGUGCGUGGUGGCUUGGCCUGAAGACAGCGGAGGCAAGAUGCUCCUCCUGUACCACCUCACGGUGAUCGCCCUCAUCUACUUCCUGCCGCUCGUGGUGAUGUUCGUGGCCUACAGUGUCAUUGGCUUCAAGCUCUGGAGGCGCACUGUGCCCGGACACCAGACCCACGGCGCCAACCUGCGCCACCUGCGGGCCAAGAAGAAGUUCGUGAAGACCAUGGUGCUGGUGGUGGUGACGUUCGCCGUCUGCUGGCUGCCCUACCACCUCUACUUCCUGCUGGGCCACUUCCAGGACGACAUCUACUGCCGCAAGUUCAUCCAGCAGGUCUACCUGGUACUCUUCUGGCUGGCCAUGAGCUCCACCAUGUACAACCCCAUCAUCUACUGCUGCCUCAACCACAGGUUUCGCUCCGGAUUCCGCCUUGCUUUCCGCUGCUGCCCUUGGGUCACACCCACCGAGGAAGACAAGCUGGAGCUGACGCACACGCCGUCCCUCUCCGUGAGGGUCAACAGGUGUCACACCAAAGAGACUCUGUUCCUGGUUGGGGACGUGGCUCCCUCCGAGGCUGCCAAUGGGCAGGCUGGGGGUCCCCAGGAUGGGGGUGCCUAUGAUUUCUGAAGCCUCGUGCUUGGCUGCAAGGUGGGGACCUAGCACCCCUUGGGAAGCAGCCAAUUGAGAGGACCGGAUCUGAGGGUCUGGCCCAUGCCCGCCACACCCAGGGAAAACAAGAUGGGGCCAGGGUCUCCCAUGGGGCCAGCACUUACCUACGCCAGGAAUCGAAAGCUCAGGUACCUUCCUGGAGCAAGCAACAUAAAGUAGUGAACUGGAUCCA